CCUGUUGCAAAUCCCUCCUUCCAGUCUCCAUCAAAAAAAAAAAAAAGAGAAGAGAGAGAAUACAUUGCCACUGUAAAACCCUACACAAAGACACAGCUUCCUCUGAGUCCAAGCUCCUCUGAAAACAACCUCUGUCGUUCUUCUUUAGCUCUAUACUUUGAAGACAAGAUGGUGAGCAAAAGGCAGAAACUAGCACGAAAGAUAUACAAAGAAGACCAUCCAGAGUUGUUUCCAAAACCAGAACCAACACCACCUAACGACCCCAACAAGAUGAUGAAGAAGAAGAAGAAGAGCUUGUUCAAGAGAAAAAAUUCUGACCCAAAAGACCCAAAUAAAGCAAAUAAAAAAGGGUUUAGAAAACAACCUCUUAGAGUUCCUGGUAUGAAGCCUGGUGAUAGUUGUUUUAUUUGCAAAGCUAAAGACCAUAUUGCCAAACUUUGCCCUCAAAAAGAUGAAUGGGAGAAGAAUAAGAUAUGUUUGCUUUGUCGGCAUCGUGGGCAUAGCCUGAAGCGUUGUCCUAAGAAGAACGAUGAGACUAUGGAUCAGAAAUUGUGUUACAAUUGUGGGGAAACAGGGCACUCUCUUUCUCAAUGUCCUCAGCCUCGAGAAGAUGGGGGGACGAAGUUUGCCAAUUGCUUUAUCUGUAAUGAACGUGGACAUUUGAGCAAGGACUGUCCUAAAAAUACUCGUGGCAUAUACCCAAAAGGUGGUUGCUGUAAACUAUGUGGUGGUGUAACACAUUUGGCUAGAGAUUGUCCCGAUAAGGGCAAGAGAGGUGACGCUGCCUUUGGCAGAGGAGCCAUUGGAAGGGAAGUAAGGCCUACUGGGCGAGUGACUAAGUUUGUAAGUGGAGAUGAGCUUGAUGAUGAUUUUAUGACCGAAAACAUGUAUAGCAUUCCAAAAGACAUGUCAACUGAUUCAAAAGUUGUUCCUCCCGAUUCGAAGGAUGGUCAUGUAAAAUCAAAGAAGAAACAAGGUCCCAAAAUAGUGAACUUUGUAGGAGCAAUUCUCAAACCAUGUUUUGCCCCUCAAAUCUCUCUCCUUCCCUGUAUUUGUCCAAGCUCUCAUUGUAUACCCCAAGUUAAGGAUCUCUACCCCCUUCUCUUCUAUUUUCCCAUCUUUCCAUUCCAUUUUCCUUUCUCUUCUUCUAGCUGGGUUCUCACAAGGCUUUUGCUCUCUUUGGAAGGCAACAUGGCGAAUGCAGCGUCUGGAAUGGCUGUUGAUGAUGAAUGUAAGCUGAAGUUUUUGGAACUGAAGGCAAAGAGAAACUAUCGAUUCAUCAUUUUCAAGAUUGAAUCUCAGCAAGUGGUGGUAGAGAAACUCGGGAGCCCUGAAGAAACCUACGAGGAAUUCGCUGCUUCCCUCCCUGCUGAUGAGUGUCGCUAUGCUGUCUUUGACUAUGAUUUCAUUACCAAUGAGAAUUGCCAGAAAAGUAAAAUCUUCUUCAUUGCAUGGUCACCUGAUACGUCAAGGGUGAGAAGUAAGAUGGUUUAUGCAAGCUCCAGAGACAGAUUCAAGAGGGAACUAGAUGGCAUUCAAGUGGAGUUGCAAGCAACCGAUCCUAGCGAGAUGAGCUUCGACAUUAUAAAGUCCCGAGCUCUUUAGACACUGUUCUUGUUUCUUCUUUCAGCAAUCAGCCUUUCUUGACAAAUUACAUUUUGCCGGUGUUUGUUUAUUUGUUUGUUUUUUUUUAUGUUUGUUCUUCUUACUUGUUCUAAUUUUCGUUAUAUGAAUUUUAUGUUAAACCUUCUUGUUUGAUGUAAUAUUAUGCAUUAUUUUGUCA